GAAUUGAUCCUAAUAUCUGCACGAGUCAACGACCCAACCUUGCUUUUUAUAAACAAUACUAUUCUACAUAGGAAAACGUCAGAAAUUGUUAUAAAUGAAAUGUUUAUAUAAUUUCUCUCAAAAGAAGAAAAGUAUAAUUUUUACAUUUUACAAGUAAAUGUAUUGUUGUGCAGAUAUAGUAUUUUAAUAAAUUUAAGUGACAGUGUUGAGAGUAUUGAAUAUUUACCAAAGAAGAUUGACAAUUUAGAGGUUAUGUCCUCUUGAUUGUUUAAUAAAAACAACUGCUGCUUCUUUAAAACUACAAGUUUAAUUUUAAUAUGGCGGAAUUAAAUGUUUUUAAACAAAACAUUGAGUCAGACGAUGAGGAAUCGGUGACAGAGGAAAUAAUAACAGAUAUGUCAAUAAAUGAGGAAGUGACAAAUGCAGAGGGGGAAUCAGCAAUUAAAAAAGUAGCGCGCAAAAAGAGAAAAAGUGUAAAAAGUUUCCAACAAGAAUGGUUUGACGAGUUUCCAUCGUGGAAGGAAUGGGUUAUAAGAAUAAAAAAUGAUUCGCAAUUUUACUGUAAAUAUUGUGACAAAACAUUGAGUUGCGGCAGAAAGGAAAUUCGUAAACACGAGGAAACAAUAAAGCACAUAAAAAAGAAGGAAAUCUCCAUAAAAAUGUUACGUUACGGCUGUAUAAUUGAUAAUGUAUCAAAUUUAUCAAAUAACAAUAUAGGAAUAUUGUAUCAAAAGAAUAAUAUUUUAGAUAUUAAGAUAAAAAAUGAAAAUGAUGAUGAUUGUACCAUUGAAACAAAGGGUCUUACAUUUAAGGAAAAAGUACGUGAUGCCGAGCAUAAGAUUACACAACUCUUUCUCGAUAAUGAUAUUCCAUUUAGUUUGUCGUCAAAAGUUAUUGGACUUUUUAAAGAAUUUGAACCGUUGGUUUUGAAGAAUAUUAAAUUGAGUUCAAGUAAAAUGAGUUUGGUUGCGAAAGAAAUGUGUGCGAAAGAAACUGGUGAGGAGAAAAUUAUUUUCCCCAGGAAACGAAAAAAACCGGCAUAUAAAAUUGGACAAAAAGUGAAAAUAAAAAAAAAAUUACAGUAAAGUUAUUUGAAUUUUUAUUUGACAAAGUUAAAAUUUAAAAUUGGACAAAAAUGAACAAAAAAAAAAUUACAGUGAAGUUAUUCUAUUUUAU